GUGUUUCGGAAGUGUUGUUUAAACGUUAAUUAACCAUGCUACUACCAACGUCCUUAGGGCUAGAGGUCGAGUUUUACAAUAUGAACAAUUCCAGAAAUUAACAACAGAAAAAAGGGACGAAAUUAGAAUCGAUUUGAUCUGAUUUGAAAGCAACUUUAUUCACACCUUCAGUAUGACAAACCAUUAAUUCAGCACGGAUAAAGAGACCCAUUCGACUCGAAAGUGAUUUUUACAAAUGGCAACACUGAUUUUAGAAAAGCGAACGAUGGAUCAAAAAUAAUUUCGUGCUUUAAUUUUGCACUGCUUUUUUAUGGGAAAAAUACCGUUCAAGCGAAGCAAUGGCUUGAAAGGUGUUAUGAAGACUCCGCUCCAUCAGAAACAACAAUAAAACGUUUAUUUGCUGACUUCAAACGUGGUCGUAGAGACACCGAUGAUGCAGAACGCAGUGGACGUCCAAAUGAGAGGGAAACACCAAAAAACUUUUAAAAAAUCCACAAAAUCGUUUCGAAUGAUUGAAUAGUGAAGUUGCGUCAAUUAGCUGACAUCGUAAAAAUAUCAAAAGAACGUGUUGGCUUUAUAUUGCAUGAGCUCCGUUGGCCAAAAACGAGAACGUGUUGAUAAUUCUGAGCAGUGUUUGGAUUCAUCACUUCACUCCAGAAUCAAAACAAUCGCUAUCUGAGUGGACAGCAACUGUUGAACCUCGUCCAAAGCGCCCGAAAGCACAACAAUCGGCUGGAAAGGUUAUGGCCUCGGUAUUUUGGGACGUGCGUGGUGUUAUAUUUAUCGACUAUCUUGAGAAAGCAAAUACCAUUAAGAGUGAAUAUUUUAUAGCGUUAUUCGAGCAUUUGAGUGUCACAAGUCAAUCAAAACAAUGACAAAAUUACAUGGAUUGAGCAUCGAAUUGCUCCCACGUUCACCGUAUUCGCCAGAUUUCGCUCUCAGCUACUACUGACUGUUCAAAGACCUGAAAAAAUGCUCGCUAGUAAGAAAUAUCGCACGAAUGAAGAGGUUAUCGCUGAAAUUGAAGCCUAUUUUUAGGCAAAAGAUAAAUCGUUCUACAAAAGUAGUAUUAAAAUGUUAGAGCGCAGGAAAGUUUGCGUUGCUUUUGUUGGAGAUUAUGUUGAUGAAUAGAGUUAAUUUUGAACUAAAAAAAUCGUGUUCUUUUUGUUAGGCCCGGGACUUUCCAGUCCAUGUGUUAUGUAAAAGCAUCGGCGUUCGGUUCGAACAUCGGACCACUGCUUUAUAUACACAUUUAAGGGGCAUUCACGCAGCAUUUCUCACCGGAGAGGCGCUUUCGGUGUCAUGCGUGAUUUAUGAUAACAUCACACUAAAAAAUUUGAAUUUUACAGGUGACUUAACCCUCAUACGAUGUAGUUCAUAAAUACCUACUUUGUCAAAUGACGAAAAAUUUCUUUUGUUACGACUUAAUUUUAUAUUCACUUGAAUGUUACUGCUUUCGACUGUAACUUGCAUUCAGCUAGCAGGUGCGACUGUAUGAAAGUAAAUGCACCUUUUACCAGCCAAGCAGAUGUGUGCUUCUUUGGAUCAAUUGAUUAACAGAUGUAUUUUACGAUCCAAUGAUUCUCGAUUCAAGUCGCAGUGGCCGCAAAAAGUAUUAAUUUUUUUAUUUCAAUGAAUUUCAUGUCAUGGAAUUUUAGACAUAAUGUUAAAUGUUUUUCCAUGUAAAUUUGCGUGAACUGCGACGCUCCAUUUAUGUGCAUCUAAUAAGAUGUAAAAUCACAGGAUUUUUUCGAAGCGUGAUGCUGUUGAGAUGCUCAAUUAGAGUUGGGAAUGGUAUCAAUUCCCAAUACCAUCCGUUGAGCAACUCUUAUUAGUCAAUCAGAAGGAAAAUGGAUGACAUCAAUGUAAAUUUGAAAGCAGGUUUAGUUAGAAUACAGGAUUUCCUUCAUUAUUUAUUCAUUCGGCAAUUGGUCGGUAAUGAUUGAGAAGGCGUAACCGAGAAAGGCUUCCUAAUAACUCUAUCGUUUUGUUGCAGUCAUUAUACAGUCGAAUUCGAUCGAGGGAAAAUUAAUGGUUAUUAACUACAUGAGUGGAAAGCAUCUGAAACAUUGAUUAUGAUAUUGACGUCAUCCAUUCAAAACUCAAAAUUAUUCAACUCAAAAAAGCAAAGCCCUGGCAUUACAUUUCUUUUGUGGAAUUUGGCCUUUCUGUUUCAACAGACUUCGCAGCCGAUUCAUAUAGCGUACAGAAUCAUUGCAUGGUUAGUACAACGAUCCUACUGACGUGACGUUUGUAAUACGAAACUUUAAUUUCCACGGUACCGUCACGUAUCUUGUCAGAGUGUAAUUAAAAAGAAAUUAAUUCAUAAUUGUGUUUUAAGAAUACUUUCCUGAAAGCUUAUAAGUAAAAGUUAUAUUCAUUUUCCAACCAAAUCUUUUGACCCUCCAUUGCUUAAAAGUCGUUAUCCUUAAUGACAAGUGACCAAGUGAAGUAAUUGACUUUUAAUUGGUCAUCAUCGAUAAGCUCAGCGGUAAUUACCGAAGCAACUUGUGUAUCUCACCGGCUAUAUAUUUCUAGCAGAAAAAUCAAAUCGCAAAGUAUUAUUUCACAGCUCUACGAACCUUUGACCGUUCGAAAGAUGAACGACCUAGUGACGUUUGAAUCGUUCAUUGCUGUGCCAGGAAUUUUCUACCGAAUGAUUGGAAUCAAACGAUACGGUGAACAGCAGAAUACUACAAAAGCUCACCUUUUGUUCUUACUGUUUUGGAGCUCCCUCGGCAAUUUGAUAUUUUGUUUGAUACUCGAACAAAUCUACUUUAUUAAAGCGGCCGGGAACUUCGCCAACUUUCUGGAACUGACAGCAUUGGCACCUUGUAUGGGAUUCACAGGGCUUUCGAUAGUGAAGAUCAUGACCAUAAAAUGGAACGAAGCAAAGUUGAAUCGAAUACUGGACAAGUUGAACGAGUUAUUCCCGAAAACGGUUCAUGAACAGGAACGAUACCGAACCUACCAGUACAAUCUGGAAUCUCAAGUUGUGAUGAAAUCAUUUUCCAUACUUUACAUGAUUCUGAUUUGGAUCUUCAAUCUGCUUCCGCUGUUGUCGAUGCUGGUUAAAUAUUUGUCCGAUGGUGUGCUAGAAAAAGAACUUCCCUACUUCAUGGUGUAUUGGUACGACAGGAACAAGCCAGGAUACUACGAGAUAACCUUCCUCCAUCAAAACUGGGGAGGCUUCGAUGCGGCAGCCUUCAAUCUUUGUACGGAUCUUAUGUUUUGUGCUAUCAUACUAUUGAUCUGCCUGCAAUUUGACAUUCUUGCACACCGCCUUAGACAUUCCAAAAACGACUAUCAAGAAUUGGUGAGCUGUGUCCAGCUUCAUCAAACCGUGGUGGAUUUGAGCAAUCAACUGGAAAGUAUUUUCUCCCCGUCGAUUUUGGUCAAUUUUGUCGGCAGCUCUGUGAUCCUUUGUUUGGUAGGAUUCCAGACGACCUCGAAUAUCAGUGCAUUCGAUUUGUUCAAAUUUUCAUUGUUCCUGGUGUCUUCGCUGGUGCAAAUUUUCCUGUUGUGCUACUACGGAAACAAACUAAUCGAAUCAAGUUCCCUCAUUUCGUACAGUGCAUUUGAAGCCGACUGGUACCUGGCUGAUACACGUUAUCAAAAAUCGCUUCUUUUCGUGAUGACCCGGGCAGGAAAAUGGCAAAAGUUAACGGCAAUGAAGUUUUCUGUUGUUUCUUUGGCAAGCUACAGUACGAUUUUGAGUACAUCCUUCUCCUACUUUACUCUACUGAGGACGGUCUAUGAUUCAAGUGGAAAUUAGCUCAACCAAAACAAAACAGAUGGAAAAAUAGUGAUGGAAAUAAAUAAACAUUCAUUUCAUAGUAACAUGAAAAAUUUGUAUCGGUUAAGCAUACGAAUAAAUAUACUAUCUUAGACUCAA